GCUUUAAGCAGUUCUGUCUGUUGUGAAAUCGUCAGUCUAUCUGUCUCACUGCAGCAGGAAUGGCUUCAAACUUAUGGUCAGAGGAGCACUUGAUCUGUCCUGUGUGUAUGGAGAUAUUGAAGGACCCAGUCACUAUUCCAUGUGGACACAGUUACUGUAUGGGGUGUAUUAAGAACUACUGGGAUCAGGCUGAUCAUACAGGUGUCUACAGCUGCCCCCAGUGCAGAAAGACCUUUACCCCGAGGCCUGAUCUGUGCAGAAACACCAUGCUGGCCGAACUUGUGGAGGAAAUAAAGAAGAGGGGACUCAAUCCUCAUCCUGUUCAAAGUUAUGUUGGACCUGGAGAUGUGCCGUGUGAUUUCUGCACUGGGAGAAAGUUCAAAGCUGUGAAAUCCUGUUUGACGUGCCUGGCCUCUUACUGUGAAACACACGUCAAGCCACACAGUGAGGUUACUGCAUUACAGAGGCACAAACUGAUCAACGCAAUUAGAAAUCUGGAGCAGAAGCUUUGUACUGCACAUCAAAAGGUUUUGGAUAUCUUCUGCAGAACCGAUCAGACUUGUGUUUGUGUGUUGUGUACAGACGAGGAUCACAAGAGCCAUGAUACAGUCUCAGCUGAGAAAGAAAGGAGUGUGAAACAGAAGCAACUGGGAGAGAAACAGACAGAAAUACAACAGAGAAUCCAGAAGAGACUGAAAGAAAUUGAGGAGCUGAAACAGGCUGUGGAGUCACUGAAAAGAUCUGCAUGCAUAGAAAUAAAGGAAAGUGAGAAGAUCUUUACUGAGCUGAUCCGAUCCAUUGAGAAGAUCCACACUGAGGUUAUUGAGCUGAUUGGAGCUAACGAGAAGGCUGCAGUGAAUCAGGCUGAAGGACGCAUGAAGAAACUGGAGCAGGAUGUUGCUGAGCUAAGGAGGAAAAAUGCUGAGCUGAAACAGCUUUCAGAGACAGAGGAUCAUAUCCAUUUUCUACAGCAUUUUCAGUCUCUCUGUGCCCCUCCUGAAGCUGGAGACUUACCCAGCGUUACUGUCAAUACAGACAUCUCUUUUGUGGCUGUGAGGAACGCUGUAUCUGAACUUAAAGACCAUAUUGAGGACUUCUGCAAGGGGGAAUUAGUCAAAAUAACCACAACAGUGAAUGAAGUUGCAGUUUACAGUCUGCAGGCUCCAGAGCCAAGGAACAGAGCUGAGUUUUUAAAAUCAAAGGAAAAGUGUGAAGAGGAAAUCAAGGACCAGCCAGAGCCUCAACGAAGAAACAGUAAUGAGAUGAGCCAUCCUAACAUGUCUGGAUGUGAAGCGAAUGCAGAAGAGAACAAAGAAGAGACAGAGAAACAAGAACCAGAUUCCUGUCAGCUCACACUGGACCCCAACACAGUGCAUAGAGAGCUCUGGCUGUCUGAAGGGAACCGAAAGGUGACACGGGUUUGGACCCAGCAAUUUCCUGAUGAUCACCCAGAGAGAUUUGAGAGUUGGGCCCAAGUGCUUUGCAGAGAGGGUUUGUCUGGGACUCGCUGUUACUGGGAGAUUGAGUGCAGUGGGAGAGGGGCUUCUAUAGGAGUCGCAUAUAAAGGAAUCAGAAGGAAAGGAGGGAAUCAUUCCUGUGGCCUUGGAUUCAAUGACAAGUCCUGGAGUUUGUUCUGCUCUGAUUCCAGUUACACUGCCCUGCACAAUAACAAUUACAUUGCAAUAACUGCCCCCCACUCCCACAGAAUAGGACUGUAUCUGGACUUUAAUACCGGCACGCUGUCCUUUUAUGGCGUCUCUGACACAAUGACCCUCCUGCACAGAUUCCAAACCACAUUCACUGAGCCGCUCUAUCCUGGGUUUGGCCUUUGUUAUUAUGAUUCCACUGUAAUAAUCUGCGAGCUGAACUAGACUGUUUUGUGUUGUAAGAAACCCUUUGUAUUGAACUCCCUGUCUGUACUCUCCACUCCUCGGGUGAAGGGAAUGUUCAAUCUGACACAACUUUGGAUGAAAGUUAGGGGGUAAAACGGCGCCACCUGCAGAGUGAAACGAGGUGAAUUAUUUGUUUUUACACAUGAGGCUGAGUUAGUCUCAUUUUUACUGUUUAAUCUGUCAGGUUAGUGUUUUGUAAUUGUAAACACUCACAACGGGACAGUAUUUAUUGAUUACAAACACAUAAAUAGCAGCAAGUGGCAGACUUAGUUGGCAUCUCUGCACAGUGCUAGAAUUCCCACAGCAAGUACUGAUAAGUAUUGCUGAAGGUGAUUAUAACUCACUAAAUAAUUCCACAGUGUGUUCCUAUAUUGCACUUCCAUUGGCUACAUAGGUCUCUAAUGUGCAGGUUUGAAAAACAUGAUGGGCAAGAUUCUCAUAAACCAUGGUCUUGUUUUUAAUUGGAUUUUGUCUAUCUAAUGGAUAUUUAUAGAUAUUUAUAGUAUCUAGCUGAACAAUUUGGGAUUUAGGUACAUCUGGCAAAUCUAUAAACCCUGGAGCUUCAUACAUACCUUUAUAAAGGCAAGCAAUAGGUACAAGAUGCCUUUUCUACCUAUUAUUAUUAUUGUUAAUUAAUUUUAUGGUUUAUUAUUAUUCAAAGCACUUCUUCAUAAUUAGGUUUUAAAUUAAAAGCAAAGCAUGAAUGUAAAUAAGGACCAUUUUAAUAACCAUUUAUUUACGUUUCUGUACUUCAAUUAAUGCAAACCUUUCUUCAUGUACUUUUUUCUUUAAAUGUUUUGUAAAGUUUUAAUUUUCAAUAAAUGUUUUUUUCUGCGCCUA